UAAUAUUGGUAAUCAACCUAGGGCACAGGCGACCAUUCCGCCUAGGCCUAGGGAGGACAAGGGCAAAGGGUUUCUUGGUGCCGGUCCUAGUAACAUGAGCCAAGUGAGGUGCUAUGAGUGUGGCAACCUUGGCCACAUGUCUAAUCAGUGUCCUACGAAGAGCCGUGGGAGAGCCUUAGUUAUAGGGGAGUCCCACGAGGGUGGAGAUGACCAGGGUGAUUAUGAAGUUGAAGAGUAUCACCCUGAAGGAGGACUUACUGAUGAAGAAGUGGAUGGAGAAGCAACGCUUGCAGUAGUCAGGCGUGUGUUAGCUCAGUCUAGAAGUAGUGCUGACUGGCGUCGAAGCACUAUCUUCUACACUAUUGCCAAGUGUGGUGAAAAGAAUUGUAAGGUGAUAGUGGACAGUGGAAGUUGUCAGAAUGUGAUUUCCACUAGCACCUUAGAUCGCUUAAAACUGAAAUCCACACCUCAUCCAGACCCGUAUAAAGUUUCUUGGGUUGACAAGACAUCCCUACCUGUCACCCAGCAAUGUCUAGUCCCCAUUGAGUUUGGGUCAUACAAAGAGUCCCUGUGGUGUGAUGUUUUACCUAUGGAUGUGGGACAUGUUAUCCUAGGUAGACCGUGGCUAUUCGAUAAUGAUGUCACGAUCUUUGGCCGUUCGAAUGCGUGUACUUUUAUGUAUAAUGGUAAAAAGAUCAAACUUAAUCCCAUGCCACCUGAGAAUACACUAGGGAAGAAGAAGGAUGAGAAGGCAAGUGAGCCUAGAGAAAUGGGGAAAUCCAAACCUAAGUCUUUACAUAUAAUCAGCGCAAGAGAGUUUGAAAAAGAGGCUAAGGAGGAUUCUAUGGUGUAUGCCCUUGUGGCUAGAGAAAUUACACCUGAGGUUCCAUCAGAGUUGCCCUGUGAGGUGACCUCGGUCCUGAAGGAAUACAGUGAUGUAUUUCCUGAAGACUUACCGAAUGAGUUGCCACCUAUGAGGGACAUACAACAUGCCAUUGAUCUUGUCCCAGGGUCUACUUUACUGAACCUUCCUCACUACAGGAUGAACCCUGCAGCGCAUGCAGAGUUGAAGAAGCAAAUUGAUGAGCUUCUGCAAAAGGGUUUCAUCCAAGAGAGUAUGAGCCCGUGUGCCGUGCCUGCAUUGUUGACGCCAAAGAAAGACGGCACGUGGCGCAUGUGUGUGGACAGCCGUGCCAUAAAUAAAAUUACUGUCAAGUAUAGGUUCCCUAUACCUAGACUUGAUGAUAUGCUUGACAUGAUGGCCAGGUCUACUAUAUUCUCUAAGAUAGACCUCAAGAGUGGAUAUCACCAAAUUCGUAUACGCCCAGGAGAUGAGUGGAAGACGGCGUUUAAGACGAAAGAUGGGCUAUAUGAGUAGUUGGCUCCGUGGCAGGACAUUAGUAUAGACUUCGUGCUCGGGCUUCCCAAGACUAUAAAAAAGCACAAUUCCGUUUUUGUCGUUGUGGACUGUUUUUCUAAAAUGGCGCAUUUCCUCCCAUGUUCGAAGACGUCAGAUGCGUCUCAUGUUGCUCGUAUCUUUUUUGAUGGUGUGGUGCGUCUCCAUGGGUUACCUAAAACUAUAGUGUCUGAUCGUGAUGUUCAAUUUACUAGCUAUUUUUGGAAGACACUGUGGCACAUUAUGGGAACUCGUUUGCAAUUUUCUACUGCUUACCACCCACAAACAGAUGGUCAAACUGAAGUGGUAAACCGUAGCCUUGGAAAUCUUCUACGUUGUCUAGUGGGUGAACAUGUUAAGACUUGGGACCUAAU